UUGUGCAGUGGUUGUCACUGGUAUUGUGACAGCUUUCUAAAACCCUGUGCCUGCAGAGAAAUUCACAGGAGCCUGAUGCACCACAUCCUGCCUUCUUUGUGAUCCUGUGAUGCUGAACUUCCUCCGUCUCUGCAGAUGCAUUGCAACCAUGGUGAAGUCUAGAAGAGUGCACUUGCUCCUGAUCCUGGUAGUUCUGUUCUUCCUCCUCAUCCACUUCCUGCCCUGUAACAACAAUGCCCCCUUGGAAGAAAAACCUUCUCCAGUCCACAUCCUCAUUCUCUCCUCCUGGCGAUCAGGAUCUUCCUUCACUGGACAAAUCUUCAGCCAGCACCCCAGUGUUUUCUACCUGAUGGAGCCCGCAUGGCAUGUCUGGGUUAAGAUGUCUCAGAACAGUGCCAAAGUCUUACACAUGGCAGUGCGGGACUUAGUCCGGUCGGUCUUUCUGUGUGACAUGUCUGUGUUUGAUGCUUACAUGUCUAGCCAGAAGAAAAAGUCCGAUUUAUUUCUAUGGGAGACAAGCCGAGCCUUGUGCUCCCCACCUGCCUGUGACUUGUUCAAUCGCACUGACAUAAUCACUGCAAGCAAUUGCAAAAAGAUCUGCAGCAAGUACCCAUUCAGCAAGGUGGAGGAAGCUUGUAAAACCUACAGCCACAUUGCCAUCAAGGAGGUUCGGUUCUUUGAUCUGAAAGUCCUUUACCCCCUCCUCAAUGAUCCGUCCCUCAACCUCAAAAUUAUUCACUUGGUCCGUGAUCCCCGGGCUGUGUUCAGUUCCCGCGAGAAAACAGUGGCAGACCUGAAACGUGACAGUAACAUUAUUAUGGGGUCUUGGGGGGCAAAGGGUGAAAUGAUGCCCUACAACACAAUGCAAGUAAUUUGCAAAAGUCAUGUUGAGAUUUAUAAGGCAGGCAGUCAGGCCACUCCCAGCUUCCUGAAAGACCGAUACUUGCUGGUUCGCUACGAAGACAUUGUCAGAGACCCGCUGGCAAAGGCUGCGCAGAUGUACAGGUUUGCAGAACUCCAUUUCACACCAGAACUACAGAAGUGGGUGCACAACAUCACUCAUGGGAAAGGUCUCGGAGCACGGGCCUUUGGAAUUGAGUCCAGAGAUGCACAGAGAGUAUCCCAGGCCUGGAGGAAGACACUUCCCUUCCAGAAAAUUAAAAAAGUGCAAAAUGUGUGCAAGGAUGCGAUGGACUUGCUGGGCUACCGGCUCAUUCAAUCUGAAGAAGAGCAAAAGAAUAUGUCACUGGAUCUUUUGUUUGCCCAGAACUCCUCUGAGUACCAAAGUCUAAAGGCAGAAAAGCUGGUGUCUGUACCUACUCUCUGAAGCCUGCAGAGUGCAGAACUGUUCACUAGAACAAAAGAGGACAGAGGUGCAGGCAUAGAAGUGUAAGGACGUGUGCAUGGAUGUAAGGACAAGUAACAUAGGAAUCCUGACUGCAUUCACGAGAGCUCUCAGAAGCUCUAAGGCCCCUGGAGAUUCAGCCACAAUGAAGGCUGAAGUAAUGCGAGUUUGUUCUCCAAAUUAUGUUUAGAUUGGAGCACAUGGAAUAGCAAAGCAGUGGGACUAGAUAUCAGAACUCAACCCUGCCACAGACCACAGUUAAGUACUGGGGAAAACACACGGAGCAAUUGCACUGCAAAGGAAGAGGAAAUAUAAAAGGAAGCUGAAUAGAGAGAACAUUAUUUGCUGUGCUGCCACAUGGGAUAUGUAAUACCAGAAGAGAUGUAAGGAUGAUCAACAUUUGGUUUCUGGAAAGAUGCUUUUUUUUUGAACACUUGAGUUUUCAAGCCUAGUUUUCCUUUUGCUCCAUUCCUUUGUCUGGGUAUCCAGCCUUGCUGGUAAUGUUGGGGAAAUGUUUGUGUUCACUUACUGUAUA